AUGCUGAGCCGGGUUCCAGGAGAAACCAUAGACAGUGUAUGGGCAACAUUGGACGAAUCCAUGAGGCAGCACUACGCGGAGAGGAUUGCCAGUAUCUGCAAGGAACUCUCUGUACCUAGUGAGAAAGGCAGUAUUUGCGGUGUUGACGGCAAUGAGCUCUCAGAACAAUAUCUCUGUGAGCGGGAGGUAGACUGCAGACCCGAGAAUCUGUGGAAGAGCUGUGUGGAGCUGGGUAUGGACUGCUCGAACCUUGUAUUCUACCAUUGCGACCUUGGGCCAUCAAAUGUCCUGGUAGACCAGGCCAAUGACUCUAUUGGUAUCAUUGAUUGGGAAACAGCAGGGUUUGUGCCAGUGGAAUGGAUUAGAACCAAGUUCCGUGUGUCCAGUGGAAUGGAUCUUUCCGCUGGUGACGAAUUGGAUUGGAGAAGGAGAGUGAUGCUUCACCUGGGACAAAUGGGCUUCACUGACGUCGUGAAAUGCUACGCAGUAUGGGGUAAAUGA